UUUUUACUGUGCGCUGCGAAUGUUGGGAAUGUUGACACAUUUUGCAUCGUAACAUAAAAUCAGCAACUUUUGCUGUAAUUAAUCUACCUUCAACACACGCAACGCAGUAACAAUAGUGGUACUAUUUUCGAUUGGUUGGUUGGAACUUUCUUGUUUACGUCUAGUUUUCGUGUGUAGAACAUUUUUCUUUUAAAUUUACGACAAACUGUUUCAGUUCCGUGAUUUGCAAACGGAGAUUAUUCUGCAAGAUAAGCACAGCGGAUACCAUGGAUGCAGAAAAGUCCAGUAGUAGUUCUUUUGAGGACCUGUCGAAUCUCAACGAACAAGAACGAGCUGAGAUGAACUCUUCUGCGGAACAAGAUCAAAAAGAUAAGGCAGCUGAGCACAAAAAUGACGUUAUGGACAUUCUGGGCAACGGGUCUCUGUUGAAAAAGGUGCUGAGGGAGGGCCAGGGCGAACGACCUGAAAGUCGUGAUAUUGCAGUUGUUAAUUUCGUCGGACGACUUGAAGAUGGUACUCUGGUGGAGGAGCAGCAAAAUUGUGUGGUUCAGAUUGAUGACGUCGAAGUGGUACAGGGUCUGGAUAUGGCACUUAAGCUAAUGAACGUAGGCGAACAAGCUGAGGUAGUGGUUGGCGCACGGUUCGCCUAUGGUGAACAUGGACUUAAGGACGAGGAGCAUCCUGAACGAAACGUUCCACCAAAUGCGAAAGUUAUCUACACAGUCGAGCUUCUGUCGACCAAAGAAGAAAGUGACCUCGAGAGUAAAUCGUAUGGCGCACGGAAAGAGAUUGGUAACAAAAAACGUCUAAGAGGAAACUUUUGGAUGAAGCGACAGGAAUAUAAUUUAGCUAUUCAAAGCUACCGCCGAGCACUGGAGUACCUAGAUGAAAGUGAGGGCGGUAUAACAAACCCGACGGCUAGUGGCGACCUGGAGCCUUCGAAUGCAGAGUUACAAGAUCUGUUAGAAGAUCGCAUGAAGGUUUACAAUAAUUUGGCUCUUGCUCAGCUCAAAAUUUCAGCCUAUGAUGCAGCGCUGAAAUCGGUUGAUCAUGUUUUACAGUGUCAACCAAACAAUGCAAAAGCAUUGUUUCGCAAAGGAAAGAUUAUGGAUGCUAAAGGAGAUACAAAGGCAGCAAUUACCCUUCUUCAAAAAGCAGCCACUAUUGACGAGGACGAUAAACUGAUUCAAUCCGAACUAUCGAAACUUAUUCUUAAAUCGAAACGGGAAGCACGCAAUGAAAAAGACCUCUACCAAAAGAUGCUUGGGCACGCUCAGAAAUUGGAACAGAAAUCAAAAGCUACGCCUGCAGCGCAGAAUCGUGAGGCUUCGAAGUUCAAACUGUGGGGCUACCUGAUGGGAUCCAUACUGAUCGGUGUUGCCGGUGUAGCCAUCUAUCGAUACAAUAAUAAAUACUUUUAGACAUCCAAAAAUUAGAACGCGUAAUAACAAUAAGUAAAUAGGACAAUUGGCAGCGGUUUAUUGCAAGGACACCCAUUCUUGUACUUCUGAGAGCGAGCUUCGCUGCGCAAUUUGAAAAGGGUUUUUGGAAGAAAGAAUUACGAAACCGAAAUAAGCAUUUCAACCUGUUUUUCCCUUCACCUAGAGUAAAAUUUUCGUACAUGGAAAUAUUUGGGUAUACUUUACUUAUAUAAUGGCGGGUAUUUAAAGUUUUCCAUUGUUCUAAAAUCAGAGAGAGGUUAAAUUUAAGGAAUGGACAUGAUUAGAGGAAUCAGGAUGUUUUUAAAUCACUACAAUCCUUUAUAAAUAUUCUUACUUAAUAGUGGCAUCUCCGCCUAAUCAGGUUCAGUGUGACAAAGUUAAAAAAAGAACAAAAUAUUAGUUCGGAAAAGACAAGCAAACGACGUAAUUCAUCUUGCAUUUGUGUUGACUUAUCACAACGUACGCUGCAUAUCUAACGUGGCGGCUUUUUUAUAUCGAACAUUUUUAAUCAAUGCGAUUUCACUUAGUACGUGGUCUUAGAUUCGUACUGGUGAUUACAUAUUUUCUAUUAUUAUUGUUAGCAAUACCUACAAUGUAAUCGUUCCCGGCUAACGUCGUCUUUUGUCAUUCCAGCAGAUGAAUAUGUACGUAAAUGCGUUGAGUGUGUAGAUUACUUGUAUGAGAAAAUAAAAGUUUAUGUAUGCUUAUAA